AAAAAGUCUCGUGCUCUUUGGUGGUAACUGAGUUUACAAGAAGACUACAGCUCACAGACGUCAGCGAAGACAAACACAUCGGUGAUCAAAAUGGCAUACCACGAAGAGAGCAUUAUUUUCGAUUCAGACAACAGCUCUGAGGAGUCCGGGGAUUUUGAUGUUGACUUUCAGGGGCCGUGUGAAAGAGCGCCUAACCACGAUUUUCACAAGAUCUUUCUACCAACAGUUUAUGGAAUUAUCUUCAUAUUGGGGAUUUUUGGCAAUGGACUAGUUGUCAUCGUAAUGGGCUUCCAGAAAAAAUGCAAAACUUCGAUGACGGACAAGUACAGGCUUCAUCUUUCCGUAGCCGACCUCAUGUUUGUCCUCACGCUACCCUUUUGGGCGGUGGAUGCGGCGAGCAGUUGGUACUUCGGCGGUUUUCUCUGCAAAGCCGUGCACAUGUUCUACACUGUCAACCUGUACAGUAGCGUGCUGAUUCUGGCCUUCAUCAGUUUGGAUCGAUACCUGGCAGUAGUGCGCGCCACGGCCACCAACAGCCAGGCGACGAGAAAGCUCCUGGCAGGCAAGGUAAUAUAUGUCUGUGUUUGGCUCCCUGCUGCUAUACUCACAGUGCCAGAUCUGGUGUUUGCAAGUAGCUUCCAAGUUGAGAUGGACAUGGGAGGCUCCAGAAUGAUCUGCCAGCGCAUUUACCCACUGGAGAAUAAUCACAUCUGGGUGGCCGCGUUCCGCUUCCAGCACAUUCUGGUGGGCUUCGUCCUGCCUGGCCUAGUUAUUCUCACCUGCUACUGCAUCAUAAUUUCCAAGCUGUCCCAGGGCUCCAAAGGCCAGGCGUUGAAGAGGAAGGCCCUGAAGACCACCGUAAUCCUGAUCCUAUGCUUCUUCUGUUGCUGGCUGCCGUACUGCGCUGGCAUCUUCGUGGACACCCUCAUGAACCUGGAGGUGAUCCCCCACAGCUGUGCCCUGGAGCAGGGGGUCAUGAAGUGGAUUUCCAUCACAGAAGUUCUGGCUUACUUUCACUGCUGUCUCAACCCCAUUCUCUACGCUUUCCUGGGUGUCAAAUUCAAGAAAUCUGCAAGGAACGCACUGACUAUUAGCAGCAGAUCCAGCCAUAAGAUGCUGACUAAAAAACGUGGACCGAUCUCUUCUGUAUCUACUGAGUCAGAGUCCUCCAGUGUCCUCUACAGUUAAUGGGCAGUCUCUCACUGUGCCUGGGUUCACUUCUCAGGAUAAAAAAAGCUUUAUUUGUAAACUACAUUUUGUACACUUUUUAUACAUUUUUGUAUUGUUUUCUAUAUGUUUAUACUUGAGUGAGUCUUUUGAGCCUUUUUUUGUUUUGUUUAAAAGCCCUCUUUUGUUCUAAAGCAGACUGAAUGUUUGGGCAGUGCCCGAGGUCCAUUUAAAGUGCAUUGACUGGUCAACUGUAUACUGUACAUAGCAUAUACACACCAUUUUUUGCUGCAGAUGAUAAAGGCUGCACUGUUUCAUUGAGGUGGGGCAUGCAAUACUUCUUAGUUUCUUUACAAGGAUGGGAGCUUAGCUGUUAUAAACAAAUUGUAAAUAGUUGUUUGUGCUCGCACUUAAGUUGUGUGAUUACCUGAAAGUUAUUAUUUAUUGCUGUAGCUCACACUGAACCAUUUUCCAAGUAUUUGUAAUUACAGUGUUUUUUUAUGUUGUGUUUCUUUUUAAAGUUGUUUCUAUGUUGUUUUGAAAUAAAUUCUUCUUGAAUAUCACUUUGAAA